AGAGAGAGAGAGAGAGGUGACUGAGGAACACAUUUUCAUCCAAACCUCUCCGUUUUUUCCAGAGCCUAUCUGUGCUCCGCGGCUCAGCGCAGCUCUCUAUUGUUUAAACUGUUCUGUAAUCGCAGCCAGUGAGUCAUUUUUUCUUUUUUCUUUCCCCCCCUUCAUCUGAUGCUCGAUUCUCGCCGCUCUGAAUGCUGUCUUCAUUGUCAACUUCUCCGAUUUCUCCACUUAAGACUUGAGCUGCAUCAUGAAUAGUUUGGGGGCACCUUUCCAUCUCGUACCUCUGGAAUGGUGGGGAUUACACAGCCGAAACCCGGGGAGCAUGUAAACGCAAAUGGAGUUUGGGAUUUAUUGCAAAAUAAGGGAAAGAUGACCGUCUUCUCGUUGUGCUUGCUCUUGUGCGCAGAUCUACUGGAUUUAGCCGUCGGAUAUUUGACAGUUACCAUAGAGCCCCUGCCUCCUGUUGUUGUGGGAGAGACUGUUACUCUCAAGUGUAACUUCAAAACUGACGGAAGGCUUCGAGAGAUUGUUUGGUACAGGGUCACAGAUGGAGGGACCAUUAAGCAGAAAAUCUUCACCUACGAUGCUAUGUUUAAUACCAAUUACUCUCACAUGGAGGACUACCGCAGGCGUGAAGACCUUGUGUACCAAUCUACCGUCCGGCUCCCGGAGGUCCGGAUCUCAGACAACGGGCCUUAUGAAUGCCACGUGGGCAUCUACGACCGGGCAACGAGGGAGAAGGUUGUCCUGGCUUCAGGGAACGUUUUUCUUACGGUUAUGUCGCCUCCAAACAACAUAUCAGUGGUGGCAGAGAACACUCCAGCCCCAUUCAGUCGAUACCAAGCCCAGAAUUUUACUCUUGUCUGCACUGCAAAAGGAGGGAAGCCGGCCCCAUCGGUGUACUUUAAACGUGACGGCGAGCUGAUAGAGGUGAUCUCCUACACUCAGUCCUCCGGAGAGCAGGGUGGCGGCGCGGCGGGGGUGAGAGGCGCCCGGCCGCUCAUCAGCAGGGACCUGGAUGACACCAAGCUGCAGCGCUCCCUCUCCCUUCUGGACCCCGAAGGGCGGGCGCCUCGUCCAUACACGGAGAGCCCCCAGCGCGUCCACACUCAAGGCCAGCAGGCCUACGAGCCCAGCCCUGCCACAGAGGUCAUCCCAGAGACAGUGGUGAGCCGGGAGUUCCCCCGCUGGGUGCAUAGCACAGACCCUCUCUACUACUUUAGCCACACUCACAUCCCUCAGAGUGACGGCUCUGUGGUGGUGCAGGCCCGACUCACCUGGACCCUCAACCCUCAGCUGGAUAAUGAUGCCCUGUUCAGCUGCGAAGUCAAACACCCGGCACUGUCCAUGCCCAUGCAGACUGAGGUCACUCUAGCUGCUCCUAAGGGUCCUAAACUCUUCAUGUCCCCUACCAGAGCGAAGGUGGGGGACACGGUGCGCAUCACUGUGCAAGGAUUCCAGGUAGGAUCGCCUGGGAAUGAGGUGUUCCCUGAGCCUCUCUUCACCUGGACACGAGUGGGGGGCCGCCUGCUGGAUGGCAGUACCGAGCGAGAGGGGAAGGAGCUGAUUCUGGAGAGAGUGCCGGCCGAGCUCAACGGCUCCAUGUACCGCUGCACGGCCCAGAAUCCUCUGGGCUCCACGGAUACGCACACUCGCCUCAUAGUCUUCGAAAAUCCAAGCAUGAUGAAAAACACACAGAAUCAGAACAAUGGAGCCUCCUGCCUGGACGUGCUCGGACUAACGUGGAUGGCACUUGUGCUCACAGUGACAGUGGAACUGACGUGAAACCUCUCAUCCAAGACACACUCACGCACACACACACACACACACACACACACAUACACGCACACACAAACACACACAUAAAUUCCCUUCUUACACAACAUCCACACAUGUACACAAAAAACACGCACACACACUUUCCACAAACCCUGCAAGCCUUCUCCAGUCAUCAACAGGCCCUCCAUGCGUCAGUCGAUCAGGAAACAGUGCCAUCACAGGAUGGCGCUCCACUGUUUUUUGUAAUAAAAUAAUAACCAAGAUAAUGAUAUCAAAAGAACAACGUGACAAACAUGACAAUAACCACUUCCUAUAUAGCCCUGCCCAGUUACACCCCUUUUUUUGUUUCUUGUCCCACGUCUGCCUGUUGAUCAAUAAAACCAGUUGAUUUGAAAUGGAAAAAGAAAAACGCUUUUGGAUUUUAUUUUGAUGAGUCAAGAUGUCAUUGGUGUUGACUGAAAUGUGAAAAGUGGAACUGGCUUAGGAUGUGCCACCAUAUCAACCACUCCCAUCUGUUACUUGUCCUGGGAUGCACCUGAUUAGCAACAAGCUGAUAAACCACGGGGGAACAAACACAGAUGCUCCAAGAGAACAUUCUUUUUUUACUGAUAUACAACUAUUCCUUUUUUUCUGAUGGCGUGGAAUGUACAAGAGGAUUUAAAAAUGCAUUAAGAAACUAGAAAAAAAAAUCUCCUUUUUGAGUGUAUUUUGUGUACAUCAGUGUAAAUAUUGAAAAUAAUUAAAGAGGUUAUAUGGGUUAUGGUGCGGGAUGGUUGCUGAUAUAGCUGGAGUUUACACUUCUCCACCUUUGUUUGUACUUCAUUCAACACUGUUCUCAGAGAUCAUUCUUGGCUGGAAGGACAGAAACAUUAACAGCCUUUCUGUUUCUCAUUUGGGCUUUUUAUAUCUAUAUGGCAGGUCUCCAAGGACAGAGUAAAAAAAAAAAAAAAAUCUAACAUAUGUCUGCUGUUUUGGGGUUGUGGUGCAUGUGACGUUUGAAGAUUCUUUCUCCUUUUGGUGUGUUGCAAUUGACAGCACUGCAACUCAUUGUCACUGGCCUGUAAUCCAGUUAUUCACUUGUGACAUACUAUCUUAAGUGACCUACAUUGUGUACAAUACGUAACUCUUACCCAGACAUCUGCAGUACUAGUAGGAUCAUUUUAGCCGCCAUUCCAGGGAGGUGCUCACUUGAGGCAGCGUGUGUAAACAGGGUUGUUGCAUUUGUUUCAUUUCACCUGUAUUAAAAUGGAGAGAUGAUAAAAACUUACAAGCCUUGACUUUACUUAUAACACUGUGAUCAACAUGUUCAGUAGCAGAUGUGAAUCUUCCCCGGCUUCCUCUGACGCCCAGUACAGGUAAUAUACAGUAUCUAAUAUUGCUCACUCCUGCAUAUCUGGAUUGUCGCAGGAAUUGUUUACAAUCUAAUUUGAUUGUAAUCUUGCCACAUGCAGGAAAUUUGAAGGACAGUCUGCCUGGAGACAGACUCUCCAGACUGGAGACUUUGUGUGUCUGCUCAAUUACAGGCUCCAAAAAUUACUUUGUUUCAGAUGUAUCUGAUUGUGCUGACCCCAACGUGGCUUCUGAAGGAGAUUCGGACAUUGCUGUUAACCCUUUCCAGUCUGCACUCUCUUUUUCUCACACGCACACACGGUGAAGGGUGUCUUAAUGCAGAAUAAUCCUGCAUUUUUUGGACUUCACAAGAUCUGCAAUUUAAGCUAUUCUAAGGACACAACAUGUAUUAAGGGAUUAAGGUUUAAACCAGGUGGGAGGUAAGAGGGGAGAUUUCUAAAGCUUAGUCGAAUGGAAAGGAUAGACCUAUCCGUUUGGGAUAUCAGCUCACCUUGCCAAAGUACAAUCCAUAUUACUGCUUUCCGGAGAUGAGAGCUGCAUAGCAUAAACAUUAUUAACAGACAGUCAUAUGCACUUUGAAUUAAUUUUCUUUCCAGUGAGG